AAGAGUCAGAUGAUGAUGAGUCUUGUCACGUGAUUUUACAUGAUUUAUUUAAAGAAAAAAAACACUACGAGUAUCUUAUCAAAGAGGCGAAGCACAAAUGGAUCAGUGCCGAGCAGCGUUAGUUUUGCUUUCUUUUGCCAUCAUUGCCAGCAAAGGGCAUUCCACUCCACUGGCAGGUAGAGAAACCUGGGACUACCUGGAAGUUCGAGAUGGGGCCCACAUGUUCUGGUGGCUUUACUAUGCCGACAGCCAGUUUGUAAAAUAUCAAGAAUUUCCUCUGAUCAUGUGGCUACAGGGUGGACCCGGAGGUUCAGGAAGUGGCUUUGGCAACUUUGGAGAGAUUGGACCUUUGAAUACUGACCUAAAGCCCAGAAAGACCAGUUGGGUAAAGGCAGCCAAUGUGCUAUUUGUAGACAACCCAGUGGGCUCUGGGUUCAGCUACACAGACAAGCCAGAUUGCUACGCUACUAACGUUGCCACCGUGGCUUCAGACAUGUUGACCUUAUUAAAACACUUUUUUGCCAAGCUGGAUGAGUUUCAGACUGUACCCUUCUAUAUAUUUUCUGAAUCAUAUGGAGGAAAAAUGGCAGCUGCCAUUUCCCUUGAACUUGUAAAGGCAAUAGAACAAGGGGAACUCAAAUGUAAAUUUGCUGGAGUGGCACUUGGAGACUCAUGGAUCUCACCAGUGGACUCUGUUAUGACAUGGGGACCUUACCUAUAUGCUACUUCAAUGCUUGACAAUCAAGGUUUGGAUGAAGUCAACAGUGCAGCAGAGGAGGUGAAACGUGCUGUAGAAGAGCAGCAGUUUCAGAAAGCCACAGAGUUGUGGUCUGUGGUCGAGACGGUGGUUGAGCAGAACACCAACGGAGUAAACUUCUAUAAUAUUCUCUCUCAGACGUCAGAAGACAAUGUGGUCUCUUCAGCAGGAAAUAACUUAAUAUCUAUUCAGGCUUCAAGGCAUAUUCGUCCACUGCAAGCACAAUCACUAAGUGAGCUGAUGAAUGGACCUAUUAGAGAAAAACUGCACAUUAUUCCUGAGAAUGUCACCUGGGGAGGCCAAGCAGAGGAGGUCUUCACCUACAUGGCGGGGGAUUUUAUGAAACCUGUGGUGAACAUUGUAGACCAACUGCUGACUGCUGGAGUUAACGUUACUAUUUACAAUGGACAGUUAGACCUUAUUGUGGACACGCUAGGUCAGGAGCUGUGGGUGCAGAAGCUCAAGUGGGGGGGUCUACAUGGUUUUAAUAAGUUGAAGUGGACCGCCUUGGAAGACCCCGCUGCCCUUGGUGUUACUCGAGCUUUCUACAAGACUCAUAAGAAUUUUGCUUUUUAUUGGAUCCUCAGAGCUGGUCACAUGGUAAGAAUUUACAGUAUAAUUGGAAUACAGAUGCAACUGAUAGUGAGGACUAAGAAUAGAAACGGAUAAAAGAACAAAACAAGAACAAAAGAAAAAACAUACGAGGUAGAAUCAUAUUUAGCUUUCUAUUUUAGAGGUUGUCUUUUUCGAAAAUGCUUUGCAUUUAAAGAGUUAAUUGUGCAAUAUAAGUUAGGGUUAGACCGACUGUAAUAUUUUCCAAGAACUAUGUUGUGACAUAAAAAUUUUAUUGCAAUUUUAUGUGAAUUGUAUUAAAUUUAUCCUUUCACAGAUUCCAUCAGAUCAGGGACCAAUGGCUUUACAGAUGAUGAAGAUGAUCACCAAGCAAGUCUGAUGAUGGUUCUUUCUGAAGCCUUCUGGAAAGGCUGCUGUUUCUAAUCUUAUAUUUUAAAAAAUUGACUCUUUUAAAAAAUCCAUUUUGAAUGUCCAAUUCCGCAAUAAAAAUGUAUAUUUGAAAA